AAUCGUUGAUAGUUCUUCUUUAAGGAUUAUUUGAAAUUUACGUAGAAACAUAAAGUUUAUGCUUUUGUAAUUAAAGGUUUAGACUUGUGAAGGUUGCUUUUUUUAAAGAAAAUUUUUAAAACAUUUGUUAUGUUAAAGUUUCAGCUUACUCCUUACCUACUGUUAGUAUGGACGGUUCUCGUAAGGACAGAGCCACCUGUCAACUCAUAUUUACCUCCAAAUGGAAAUGGCAAUGGCAAUGGUAGGCCAAGUUCAAGUUAUGGACCUCCCGGUUACCAACCUGGAGUUCCUCUAGGACCUAAUGGCAAUGGAAACGGUAAUGGGUACAGCAAUGGUAAUGGAUAUAAUGGAGGAACACCAUCAUCCGUUUACGGACCACCUACAAAUGGAAAUGGCAACGGUUAUCCAGAUCCUGAUAGUGAUCAAAGGCCUGGCUCUAGUUACUUGCCCCCUACCAAUGGAAAUGGAAAUGGUAAUGGUAACGGAAACGGAAAUGGAAAGGCAAAUGGAAACGGCAACGGAAACGGAAAUGGUAAUGGUAACGGAAGGCCAGAAUCAUCAUAUUUACCGCCUAACGAAAAUGGAAACGGAAAACCAUCUUCUUUAUAUGGACUCCCACGUAACGGAAACGGUAACGGUAAUGGUAACGGUAACGGUAACGGCAAACGUAACGGCAAUGGCAAUGGCAAUGGCAAUGGCAAUGGAAACGGAAAUGGAUAUAGUAGACCAGGUGGUUCUUAUUUGCCUCCAAAUGGUAAUAGCAACGGCAAUGGCAACGGCAAUGGCAAUGGAAAUGGCAAUGGAAACGGAAAUGGAUACAGUAGACCAGGUUCCUCAUAUUUGCCACCAAAUGGUAAUAGUAACGGAAAUGGUAAUGGAAAGCCUUCCUCUAGCUAUGGUGCUCCAAAUGGACGUCCCAGUCCUUCAUACGGGGUUCCAACUAAUGGUAAUAGUGUAUCAUCAGUUUACGGCGCUCCCAGUGGUAAUGGUAAUGGAAAUGGUAAUGGUAAUGGAUACAAAAAUGGCAAUGGUAAUGGGCAACCCAGUUCUACCUACGGAGCUCCAAAUGGAAACGGAAAUGGUAAUGGAAGGCCUUCAAGUUCUUACGGUCCACCAUCUAAUGGUAAUGGCAAUGGUAAUGGCAUUGCUCCAGUUUAUGGUCCACCAACUAAUGGUAACGGCAACGGGAAUGGAUAUGCCGCUAACGGUGGAUAUGCUAGUGGUGGCCCUGAAGAAGAAGUUACCGAGCCAGCUAAAUAUCAAUUUGAAUACCAAGUAAGCGAUGCAGAAUCUGGCAAUGAAUUUGGUCACAAAGAAGAACGUGAUGGUGAUUUCACUACUGGAGAAUAUAAUGUGCUGCUUCCAGACGGUAGGAAACAAAUUGUCAAUUAUGAAGUUAAUGGUGAUGAAGGAUACAAACCUGUUGUAACUUAUGAAGAGUCCAACAAUGGGGGUUAUUCUUCAGGAGGUCCACAAAAUGAAGGGUUUAUACCCUGUCUUUUGAUAAUAUGGGGCGCCAUGGCAAGACCAGAAGCACCAUUAUAUCUACCUCCUAAUGGCAAUGGUAACGGUAACGGAAAUGGCAAUGGUAAACCAGUUUAUGGACCACCAAGCUUAACUUAUGGGGUACCAAUAAAUGGCAAUGGAAAUGGUAAUGGAAACGGAGUGUCCCCGGUUUACGGUGCUCCAACUAGAAAUGGAAAUGGCAAUGGUUAUAGCAACGGCAAUGGCAACGGUAAUGGCUACAGCAAUGUUUACGGUCCACCAACCAACGGAAACGGCGGUAACGGAAAUGGCAAUGGUAAACCAGUUUAUGGACCACCAAGCUUAACUUAUGGGGUGCCAAUAAAUGGCAAUGGAAAUGGUAACGGAAACGGAGUGUCCCCGGUUUACGGUGCUCCAACUAGAAAUGGAAAUGGCAAUGGUUAUAGCAACGGCAAUGGCAACGGUAAUGGCUACAGCAAUGGUAACGGCAACGGCAACGGUAACGGCAAUGGAAACGGCAAUGGAAAUGGCAACGGCAAAGGCAAUGGAAACGGCAAUGGCAAUGGCAAUGGCAAUGGAAACGGUAAUGGUAUUGCUCCAGUUUACGGUCCACCAACCAACGGAAACGGAUAUGCUGCCAACGGUGGAUAUGCUAAUGAAGGACCCGCAGAAGAAGCAACUGAACCAGCACAGUAUCAAUUUGAAUACCAAGUCAGCGAUCCUGAAUCUGGCAAUGAGUUCGGCCACAAAGAGGAACGUGACGGUGAUUUAACUACUGGAGAAUACAACGUGCUUCUUCCUGACGGCAGGACGCAAAUUGUCUCCUAUGAAGUAAAUGGUGACGAAGGAUAUAAACCUGUUAUAACUUAUGAAGGUGAAGCUAAUAAUGGCGGCUAUCCUUCUGGUGGUCCGGAAAAUGGAAAUGGGGGAUAUCAAUACCCCAAUGGAAAUGGAAAUGGAAAUGGAAACGGAAAUGGAAACGGUAAUGGAAAUGGCAACGGUAAUGGAAAUGGUAACGGAAACGGCAAUGGCAAUGGUCAUGGUAACGGCAACGGAUAUAGCAACGGUAACGGCAAUGGAUAUAGUAACGGUAACAACAACGGAAAUGGAUAUAGCAGAUAUUUAAUACCCUGUUUCUUGAUAAUAUGGGGCGCCAUAGCAAGACCAGAGGCACCAUUAUAUCUACCUCCUAAUGGCAAUGGUAACGGUAACGGAAAUGGCAAUGGUAAACCAGUUUAUGGACCACCAAGCUUAACUUAUGGGGUGCCAAUAAAUGGCAAUGGAAAUGGUAACGGAAACGGAGUGUCCCCAGUUUACGGUACUCCAACUAGAAAUGGAAAUAGCAAUGGUUAUAGCAACGGCAAUGGCAACGGUAAUGGCUACAGCAAUGGUAACGGCAACGGCAACGGUAACGGCAAUGGAAACGGCAAUGGAAAUGGCAACGGCAAAGGCAAUGGAAACGGCAAUGGCAAUGGCAAUGGCAAUGGCAAUGGCAAUGGCAAUGGCAAUGGCAAUGGCAAUGGCAAUGGCAAUGGCAAUGGCAAUGGCAAUGGCAAUGGAAACGGUAAUGGUAUUGCUCCAGUUUACGGUCCACCAACCAACGGAAACGGAUAUGCUGCCAACGGUGGAUAUGCUAAUGAAGGACCCGCAGAAGAAGCAACUGAACCAGCACAGUAUCAAUUUGAAUACCAAGUCAGCGAUCCUGAAUCUGGCAAUGAGUUCGGCCACAAAGAGGAACGUGACGGUGAUUUAACUACUGGAGAAUACAACGUGCUUCUUCCUGACGGCAGGACGCAAAUUGUCUCCUAUGAAGUAAAUGGUGACGAAGGAUAUAAACCUGUUAUAACUUAUGAAGGUGAAGCUAAUAAUGGCGGCUAUCCUUCUGGUGGUCCGGAAAAUGGAAAUGGGGGAUAUCAAUACCCCAAUGGAAAUGGAAAUGGAAAUGGAAACGGAAAUGGAAACGGUAAUGGAAAUGGCAACGGUAAUGGAAAUGGUAACGGAAACGGCAAUGGCAAUGGUCAUGGUAACGGCAACGGAUAUAGCAACGGUAACGGCAAUGGAUAUAGUAACGGUAACAACAACGGAAAUGGAUAUAGCAGAUAUUAAGUAAAGCCACUUUUCAAAAAUCAUAAUAAAACUAGCGAGUUCAUGUGAUUUUGGAAAAUGAUCUUUGGGUGUAGUAUUUUUUAGUUAGCUUUAAGCUAUCGUAAGCUAUUUUAAGUUAACUUUUUCUUGUUCCCCAUCUAGUCCUUACUAUAUAUAAGAAUAUAUUAGUAUUAUUUAUUAAAAAUAUAUAUGAUCCUUAAG